GCUGCCCCGGGUAAGAUGGCGGCGGGGGCCGUGUCCCGGAAGUGACGUGGAGCGCUCCCAGCCCGGUCCCAGCAUGGUGGAGAAGAAGGUGUCAGUGCGCUCCCAGGACCCCGGGCAGCGGCGCAUCCUGGACCGGGCGACCCGGCAGCGCCGGCUGAACCGCCAGCUGGAGGCGCUGGAGAACGACAACUUCCAGGACGACCCCCACGCCAACCUGCCCCAGCUGGUCAAACGCCUGCCCCAGUUCGACGACGACGCCGAGACGGGGAAGAAGAAAAAGAAAACCCGGGGAGAUCACUUCAAACUGCGCUUCCGGAAAAACUUCCAGGCGCUGCUGGAGGAGCAGAAUCUGAGCACCAGCGAGGGCCCCAACUACCUGACGGCCUGCGCGGCCCCCUCCAGCCUCCCCCAGCGCCACUUCUGCGCCGUCUGCGGCCUCCCCUCCCACUACACCUGUGUGAGCUGUGGGGCGCGUUACUGCUGUGUGCGCUGCCUGGGCACCCACCAGGAGACCCGGUGAGCCCCCCGCUGCCCC